GACGUUUGGGGAGAAGUGGAGAACGCUGUAGUUUUAACACGUUUAGGCUUAUUUAGUUAUUAUAUCUUUGUUGUCUUUAUUUAUCUGUAUUGGUUUAUGUAAAAUUAAAAUCUAUAAAUAUGAUCACUAAUAAUCAUAGUAUUGAGAAAAUUUCUGGAGGGAAUUUAGUGAAAGAUCAUGAAAAAUGCAAGUUAGAAUAUAUUGGUGGAAGUGACAGAAGCUCUGGCGCAUAUCUUGUCAACUUUUCCAAUGGAAAAUUGAAGCAAAACACCAAACUGAACCUACAUUUUAAAAGUUAUGAAAGCUCAGAAACUCGAGAGGGUCUGGUUCUUAGAAGAAAAAGAAAGAUCAUGGUGGCAGAUAGUGGAAGACUACAGUAUGUUGGUUACAACUUUGGUUCUGAACUGUCUCAUUUAGGAACUGCUUGUAGGUACUGCAUUGGACUGUUAGACAAGAAUAAUGGAACAAUGAAGGUCUAUAGCACCCAGAUGUUUCACAUGCGUCCGAGUUUAGAAGAUGCUGGUGGUUUUGAAGAAACAGAAAACCCAACUGAGAAGUCUAAAAGUUACACUGAAAAGGUUGACAUGCUUACCAGUGCAUUUGGAAGCAAGCGAAAAAGAAAGGCAAUGGAAUCUAGGGUCCAUCACAAAGUUGAAGAAGGAAAUCUAGAACUAGCUGCAGACAAAGUUGUGGAAAAUAUAGAUAAGGAAGUAUCAGGCAUAAAGACAAUGAAAAAGAAUCGAUUGGAACUUGAAAUGCCUGAAGCAAUUCCGCCACAGAAUCGAAAUGCCACGUGUCCAGAGGAGGUGUAUAAUGUGAAGGAUAAUAAAGUUAUAUCUAUAGAAGAAUAUUCUGGCCUUGAUGAAGAAGCUAAUCUUGUGGCAGAUGCUACACUUGACCAAAUUAACGAAUGGAAAAAGGAAGAAAAAUAUUGUCACUAUGUAUUAAUACACCUUGGCCGGCUUUCAUGCAUCAGAGAAACAAAACUUCAUCAGUGUAAACUUCUCAUCUAUUUCCACUAUUUGGUAACCCUUUUGAAACUUCGUUAUCAAGAUAUGAAAAAAAAAGAUCCCUUACCAACAGUUCCUGAACCAUAUAAACAUCAUUUGCUUAAUAAUUUUACACUGAAGUCAGAAAAUGAACAUGGAACUACAUUCAGAUCUUUCCCACAGCGUAUGAAAGAUAAAGUUAUUGCAUAUGCCAUGGUGGUUGCAUUGCUGUUGGAUGGCUUUUCUGUUGAUUUUAGUGAUGUGCACCCUGACCUUAAGUUUCCCAUGAACAGGCUCAUCACAAUUGUCUUAGUUCUGGGCUGUCAUGUACGUUCAUCUAAAAACCCAUCAACAGGAACACCCACCAAAAUAGCAGACCUUACUAUUCCGUUAUACACACCUGGAGAUAAGCCACGGUCAAGACGGACUUAAAAAAAGUUCAAGUAUUAAUUAGGAAAACAAGUCCUAAUCUGUUACAAAAGUUACUCGAUAUACAAUUUAUAUAUUAGUGCCUUUUGACUGUGUGUGUAUGUUUGUUUAGAAUAAACCAAUAAAAUUAUUUCUAAUAAAGAUCUAUCA